UAAACAUUUGGACUCGUCCAAUACCCGACUUUCUUUUACGUUGCGUCAAAUGAAAACAAGAGCACGUUAAUGAUAAUGCUGGGAGAUUGAGGGGAUGAGCCAACCACGUUCCCCCGAUAUCGGGAGGGACAAGGAAGGGGUGCCAUGUUCCUAUAGCCCCCCUUUACCCUUGGACUGGCUGGACAUCAAACAGGAAGAAGAUGAACCGAAGAUGUGCGGGAGGGAGGUGAUGAUAAAUGGUCCGUGUACCCCGUCAGACACGGAUACCCAGGAUCCAUCCUUAGUGGACUCCGGAUACAACGAGGGACUUCAUCUCCAAUGUCUGGAAAGCGUGCUAGACUGGAGGAUGGACAAAGUCUAUUUGACCCCAGAUGACCUUGAGAGUUUCCAGUUUCGACCCUGUACUAUUCAGACUGCAGAUCACUCUGGAUUUGAGGAACAUCUGGACGAAAUCUAUCAACACCGCCUAAGUAUAGAAUACAAGUAUCAAGUGACGUCAUGUCUGGAUAACCAACCAGAGGUAACUCCAGGAAUGCGCGGACUCCUGAUCAGCUGGUUAACGGGAAUUCACCACCAAUUAAACCUUUGUCAGGACACCCUCUUUGUGGCGGUCAAUAUCGUUGAUCGAGUCCUAGAUCUCAUGCAAGCCUCGCGAGACUAUCUUCAGCUUCUCGGAAUAACCUCGUUGUUGAUAGCAUGUAAAUCUGAAGAAAUCCAUCCUCCUGAAAUUAAAGACCUCUUGAGUGGAUGUGAUGACGUGUACUCACGUGACCAGGUAAAGCAGCUGGAACGGGUCAUUCUGAAUGCACUCCGAUUUGAUUUGCUGGUUCCCACCUCUCAAUACUUCCUGGAAUAUUUCUCAUCAUGUGUCAUCAGCAACUUCACUGGUUUCCAAGGGGAUCGUCUGAGGCAGGCACGAGCAAUGGCGAGAUGUCUGUUGGAGCUCUCGUUGCAGGACUACGAGCUGAGUCAGCUUCGUCCCUCCAUGUUGGCUCUGUGCAUAUGGAAGUCUGCAGUAGAACAAGUCAAUACGGACGACGGUAACUUCCUUCCCGCAGGACUCUUCUUUACUCGGGAGGAUUUCCAGCAUGUAUAUCAGGAAGUUAGACUAUUUACUGAAAAUCUCCAGCAAAGUUUUCCGGAAAUUAUCAGUAUCUGUGAUCACUACUCUAAUAUGUAUGGACAGGAAUAAUUGACAGACCAGUCUUGGUUGUGGCAAGAUUUGGGGUAAACAUGAGGACCAUUGUAUUUAGUCUUGUACAGUUAUUUUUUUCUGUUGUACGAAAUACUUUUUGAUUUAUACGGUAACUGGUUACUGUUAACUGGUAAAACAUCAGACGUUGUUUUUAAAAAAUUUUUUUCAUACUGGAAGCAACCAACAACAACAACAACAAAAAUUAAACAUGAAACUCGUGUCUUAACUUCUGUCUCUUAACAUUUUUGGAUGUUUCUCCCCAAUCUUUGUGAAUUCUCUGUACAAGUCAGUGAAAAAUUCCUUUCCUUUAUUGUGUUAAUGACAUUCAUUAUGCAUAAAAAGUGCUUUACAUGUAAUACAAAUUUCUAUUUUUAUAUGUUUUGUAUGGUUAUGUAAUAGGUUGAAGUUUCUGUAUUUUGUUUCAUGAAAAUUAUUUCAAACAGAUACCAAUAUUAUUCAUAAUACCCUUUACUUUCUGUCAGUACGUUGUGUGCUCUACCUCUCAGAGUAGAGUAUCAAUCAGAUCAUUGUAUAUAUUUUUUAAGCAAACAGAUUAUUUGUAAAUCAAUGAUGAUAAUUUACCAUAUCUUGAUGUACAAGAUACAAAUAAGAAUACUACGUGACAUGAGAACUUAUGAGAGUUGAGAUAUAUUUAACUU